AUGUCGAAAUGUUGCUGCUGCCUGAGUUUGCGGACCGGUUCUCUUAUAAUCGGAUAUGUGUCAGUUGUAAUGGCCUCCUGUUUCAUCGCAAUUGUGUCUUGGUCGCUUCAGAAAGUGGUGACUUUCGUCAAUUCCAAAGACAGCAAUAUCAACCAAGAGCACACUUCCGAGGAGAUGGCUCAGGUCGCGUUGGGCGUUUACAUAUCCCACGCCUACUUCCUUGUGGUGCUGCUGUAUUACCUCGUGAUCAGUGUACUUCUCUUAGUCGGCGUGCAUAUGAACAAAACAAAAUACAUGAGGUAUUAUUUUAUGGCCGGUCUAUUCCUUCUGGCGCUGGCGUUAGCUCUGGUCGUAGUGACGACCAUCUUUUUCGGAUUACUGGCGACCAUUCCGCUGUUAAAAUGGAGCGUGAUACUAUUCUACUGCCUGAUCAUUGUACGAAGCACAUAUUUGGAAAUUGAGGAACAAAACAAGCCUCGAGUGUACGAAAUGCAGCUGCUG